AUGCCAAGUUAUGCAAUGUUUUUAAAAGACAUUUUGAGUAAAAAGAAAAAGUUGACUGAAUAUGAGACUGUAGCUCUGAUUGAAGGGUGCAGUGCUUUGUUGUCCAGUAAAAUUCCUCCUAAGAUGAAAGAUCCUGGAAGUUUUACAAUCCCUUGUUCAAUUGGAGGAAAAGAGAUAGGAAAAGCUCUAUGUGACUUAGGUGCUAGUAUAAACCUGAUGCCUUUAUCUGUYUUCAAUACCCUAGGCAUAGGUGAAGCUAGACCUACAACUGUAACUCUUCAGUUAGUUGACAAGUCCAUAGCCUAUCCUAGAGGAAAGAUUGAGGAUGUCCUAGUUCAGGUUGAUAAGUUUAUUUUCCUAGCUGAUUUUAUCAUCCUAGACUUUGAAGCCGACAAAGACAUUCCCAUCAUUUUAGGGAGACCUUUCUUAGCUACUGGCAUAACCCUGAUAGAUGUACAGAAGGGAGAAUUAACCGUGAGAGUCCAAGACCAACAGGUGACUUUUAAUGUUUUUAAUUCCUUUAGGUACCCUGAAGAAAGAGAAGAGUGUUCUACUUUGAGUCUAAUAGAAACCUGGUGUCAAGAGAAAAGUUUGGGGGAGAUCUUAGGUUUAUCUGAGACUAAUAGUGAUGAAGAGGAAGAUUUUGAGGAAAUAGAAACACCACUAGAAUCUGCUGCUUUUGAAGUUUUAGAACUGAGGAUACCCAAAAAGGGAUGA